AUGUCCGGCACAGAGGAGAGGCGCACGAGCGCUCGGCAGAGGAGGGUCAGGCCCACGGCCCACUCAUCUGCGCUGGAAAGCCUGCGUGCUGCGCGAGAUGGCCUUGAGAGCAGGACGGAGCAGCACGAGGACGACGAUGACGAGGUCUACGACGAGGUGACCGAGGAAGAGUACCAGGAGCUCGUCCGCAAGAGGCAGCAGGCGGACGACUUUGUCGUCGACGACGACGGCCUGGGCUACGCUGACGACGGCGAGGAGUUCAUAGAGAAGGCCGACGGCUCGGAGGGAGCGGCGGGGAGGGGGGACAAGGGAGGGGGCAGGAAGGGGGUGAACGGAAAGAUCAAGGCGGAUUCGCUUCGGCGCAAGGCUCGGAAGCUCAACCAGCUCGGAGAUGAAGCGUCCCAGGCCGGGGGGGGCAUCAAGAAGUUCCUCCGGACCGGCGGCGGUAGCACCGUCGGGCCCUCUGCUCUUUCCCGCAACUCCUCUGCUGCGCCCGGAGGCCGCCGUGGGGGCGGCGCCGGCGCCGGCGGUGGCCUCAACCUGGACGACAUGCUGAGCGACCUAACGUCCAACCCCAUCGCGGACCUCGCCCCGGGCAACGGCAACAGCAGCAGCGGCGGCCCGUCGUCAUCCUCGUCGUCAGCGAUGCCCCUAUCCAGGCGGAAGCGGGGCCUGGUUACGCCGCAGAGCGCGCGCUCCCGCCGCUCCUACGGCAGCACCGCCUCCCGCGGCAGCAGUGCCGGCGGCGGGGGCAGCGACAGCAGGCGCCCCCCGGUGCCCUCCGCCUGGACCGUGCGAGACUACGAGGACGACCCGGGAGCAAGCGGGGACGGCGGCGACGAUGUCGGCGGGUUCGAGCAUUUCGACGGAGAAGAAGACGCCGGUGACGGUGACGCCGCCAUGGAGGAUGCCUCGGACAGCAUUAUCGCUGCAGCGGCGGAAAAUGAGGCCGGAGACACCGCCAGUGACGGUGCUGCCGCUGCCGCUGCUGCUGGAGGCGACGAGAAGAAGGAGCUCGCGGCGGUGGUCUCGCCCGAACCGCCCGCAACAGCGACGGCGGCGGCGGCUCCGGCCGCCGCUGCCUCCGCUAAGCCCCGGUCGAGGUUCGCCAGGAUGAAGGAGACCAACGACAUCGCGGUGACCGCCGCCGCGGAGGCGGCCCUGCGCCCCAAGACCGUCGAGGAGAAACCGGCGGCGGCGGCGGCGGCUGUAAGAAAGGACGGCGAGGGGAAGGGAAGCUACAUGCCAAGCCUGGAGUUCCAGGGGCCGCAGUACUCGCUCAGCGAGGCGCCCUCGACGCCCGCCGGUUCGGUCGCGAGCGCCUCGUCCUGGCUGCAGAAGGACGAGACCGGGGAGUUCAUGCGCAUGUUCUGGCUCGACGCCACGGAGCAGAACGGCACGAUUUACCUCAUCGGCAAGGUGGCGGUGCCGUCGCCGUCGUCGGGUUCGGCUUCGGCUUCGCCCCAAGGCGACUCCGGUGCCGCGGGCACCACGUUCCUCUCCGCUUGCGUCGCCGUCCACAGCAUCGAGCGGGAGGUGCUCGUCCUGCCGAGGCUGGUCGAGAAGGACGGCGAAUACAGUGACGGCGAUGAGGACGCUGGUGGCGGGGGUGGUAGCGCCAAGCGAGCCGAUAUCGGCGCCGUCUACCAGGAGAUGGCCUCCGUGCUGGUGCCCAGGGUGAUCAAGCGCAACGCAAAGGGGGAGCAGUUCAGAUGUAAGCCGGUGAUGCGCAAGUACGCUUUCGGCGACCUGUCCGUUCCUCGAGAGGAGACGCAGUACCUCAAGAUCAAGUACCCGGCUGGCUACCCGGCGCUGCCGGAGGACGUUUGCGAGUCCGGGGGUAAGACCUUCCAGGCCAUCUUUGGCGCUCGCACGCCCCUCAUCGAGUCCUUCCUCAUCAAGAGGAAGCUCAUGGGCCCUUGCUGGAUCACAGUGCGCAACCCCAAGGUGAACAACGCGCCGGUGAGCUGGUGCAAGGUGGAGGUCGCCGCUCAGUCCCCCAAGUCCAUCACCCGCCUACUGGCGGAAGAGGUGGCCGCCCCAGCAGCGGCAGCGGCAACGUCCGGGGAUGCGGCAUCCCCUUCUUCCGCCUCCAAGCCCACGGCCAACACCAGCGCGGGGAAGCUUCCCCCUCCGCCCCCCGUGGUGACCAUGUCCCUGUCCAUGAAGACGGUCGUCAGCCCCCGCACGCACACGCACGAGGUGGUGGCGCUGUCGGCGCUGGUGCACCGGGAGGUGCGGCUGGACGGCGCCUCGGACGAGAGCGGGAAGAAGAUGGGCGCUUGGCUUGGCAUCCGCCCUCUCGGACAGUCGGCCGGCGAGGAGUACCCCAAGGUCUUCCCGCACGACAUCAAACACCAGGUCAAGGCGGCCGAGGCCAACGCGAGGCGGGCCGGGCGUGGCUCCGGCGUGCCCAUCCAGACCAUGCCCAACGAGCGGGCGCUGCUGUCCCUCUUCUUCCAGAAGCUGCAGCAGGAGGACCCCGACGUGCUGGUGGCCCACAACCUCAUGGGCUUCGACUUCGACAUCCUGCUUAGCCGCGCGGUGCACCUCAAGCUGGCCACCUGGUCCAAGAUCGGUCGCCUGAGGCGCAACACGCCGCCCAGGGUCUACUCCUCCUCCCACGGCAUGAAGGGCGCCGGGGGCAGCUACAACGCCAACGUGGCGGCAGGGAGGUUGCUCUGCGACACGUACUUGAGCGCCAAGGAGUUCCUCAGGGAGACCACCUACAGCUACGGGUCCAACAAGGAGGGCGGCGGGGGGGGCAAGAAGAAGAAAAACGCUCCCAAGGGGGACGGCGGCGGCGGCGAGGACGGCGACGAUGCCAAGCCGGCAAACAGCGGCGGCGGCGCGCGUCGCAAGAAGGCGGCCUACGCCGGAGGGCUGGUGCUCGAGCCGAAGAAGGGGCUGUACGACGAGUACAUCCUUCUGCUCGACUUCAACAGCCUGUACCCUUCCCUUAUCCAGGAGUACAACCUCUGCUUCACCACGAUGAACUGGGCGGCCUGUGACAUGUCUACCCCUGCCCAGGGAGGAGAAGACGACAUGGACGAGGAUGAUGGCGCGGCCGCCUCCGCCGGCCCCAAGCUCCCCGACCUGCCCGCCGAGGGCAUGGAUAUCGGGGUGCUCCCGAGGGUCAUCCGCACCCUCGUCGAACGGCGGUCGGUAGUGAAGAAGAUGCUCAAGAAGGAGAAGGACCCCUCCCGCAAGCAGGAGCUGGACAUCAGGCAGAAGGCUUUGAAACUCACGGCCAACUCCAUGUACGGCUGCCUCGGAUUCUCCUUCAGCCGGUUCUACGCCAAGCCCAUCGCGGCCUUGGUGACGGCCCAGGGGCGAGAGAGCCUCCAGCGCACGGUCGACCUGUCGGAGAACCAGCUGGGGCUAGAGGUCAUCUACGGAGACACGGACAGCGUCAUGAUCAACACCCACAGCACCGACCUGAAGCAGGUGAAAGACAUCGGCAACCAGGUGAAGCGGGAGGUGAACAAGCUGUACAAGAGCCUCGAGCUCGACCUGGACGGGGUCUUCAAGAGCAUGCUGCUGCUCAAGAAGAAGAAGUACGCCGCCCUCGUCGUCGUCGAGCACCCCGACGGGAGCAUCACGUACGAUAAGGAGAUGAAGGGCCUGGACCUGGUGCGGCGCGAGUGGUGCACCCUCAGCAAGGACACGGGGAAGUUCGUGCUGGACAGGGUGCUGUCGGGGGAGGCUCGCGAGACCGUCGUAACCGGCAUCCACGAUCACCUGGAGGCGCUGGCGGCGUCGAUGAGGGCCGGGGAGGUGGAGGUGCCGCGGUACGUGAUCACCAAGGGGCUCAACAAGGCCCCCCACGAGUACCCGGACGCCAAGAGCCAGCCGCACGUGCAGGUGGCUUUGGCGAUGAUGAAGGCCGGCAAGUCCGUCAACGUCGGGCACCACAUCCCCUACGUGAUGUGCAAGAUUGAGGGUGCGACCUCCCCCGCCGAGAGGGCGAGGCACCCGGACGAUGUCCUCCGCAGCGGCGGAAAGCUCGAGGUCGACGUGGAGUGGUACCUGAACCAGCAGAUCGUGCCGCCCGUGAGCCGUCUGUGUGAGCCCAUCGAGGGCACUUCCAUGGCCGUGCUGGCGGAGAAGAUGGGCCUCGACGCCUCCAAGUUUACUUCACACGCGAACGCCGCCGGAGGAGACGACGGCGACGACUGGGCCUUCACGCCCACCUCCAAGCUGCCCGACGCGGAGCGCUUCCGAGGGGUGGAGCCCCUGAAGAUGACCUGCCGCGCGUGCCACGAGCAGGCGGAAUUCCAGGGGGUGUUCUCGUGGGACCGGAAGAAGGCCGUCAACGGACCGGCCGACCUGAGGCCGGGGCUCAUGUGCCCCAACUCGGCGUGUGGCGCGUACUACUGGGGGGCCGGUAGCGAGGCGGCCUGCGUGAGCACCCUGUACCAACGGCUGACCCUCGCCGUAAGAAGGCACUUGAAGGUCUACUACCAGACGCACCUUCGCUGCGAUGACAGCUCCUGUGGGCUGCUCACCCGGAGCACGGGAGUGAUGGGCGUGGCCUGUCCUGCCAAGGGGUGCCAGGGACGCCUGGUGCAGGAGUACCCGGACAAGACUCUGUACGACCAGCUCAAGUACUUCGAGACCCUUUUCGACGUCGACCGCGCGCAGACGAAGGUGUCGGAGCUGUUCAACUUCAAGGAGACCGACCUCCCCGUGUCCCCCGAGCACCGCCAGAUCCUCUCCCUAGUGGGCCGCCGCAUCCAGGACGACGUGCAGAGCAGCGGGUACAACUGGAUCCGACCCAGCCUCUGGUCCUCGGUCUUCACGUCUCACGCGCUGCCUCCCGCGAUCAAGUCCUCCUGAUUUCUUCGCUUUUCGUCAUGUCGAAAAUAAUACGCCAAUCUCUUUUCUUGUAGAUAAAAAAGGGCAACUGGCGUAGCAGCGCGGUGUUUCGGGUUCGUUUCUUGCCUUGUGCCAGCGAGAGAGGAAGUGGCCGAUACAUGCGUUUAGAGCGAGAACAAUGCAGCAAUACGUUUUUGCCAUUGUUUUGCAGAUGGAAUUUCAGCAGUUAACGCGCGUGGUGUGAAGUUUGUGGCGCUUGCAGCCGUUUCCACAUCCACUCUUGUGCUCGCUGUCAGUGUGGGACGGCGGUGGUUUCCUCUUGCCCCCCAUUUUCGUAUUUUACUCGUUGUGUUGGUGUCAAGCGUUGAUACGUUUUCAUUGCUGGCGGGGUUGUUGCCCCCCCCCCCCCCAACCCCACGAGUCAUGGCUUAAGAAUUAGCUAGCGUUUGUACAAUACUAUGAGAGGAACAAACUUUCUCGGCUGUAGAGAUCAGACCACAGCAGUCGACAGAUUCAUGUGAUUUUUUUGUGCCCUUCGGAUUCUUUCGGAAAAGCGUUUGCUUUUAUUGGACGUGUUCACCGCCGUCGGAUAAGGGAUCCGAUGUUUGUUGCAUAGACUGCGCGCCUUGCGGUAUGCAUGAAAAGAGAAACGUAACAUCGAUCGAUGACGAAUUCUGUGCUAGGAAGAUCUGGACCCUAAGCUUC